CAAUUAUUUUACAAAAUGGCUGCUGAGCAUCGAAACACGGCCAAAUUCCAAUAGUGUAGAUGUGUUUCCUUAUCUUGUCUCCUUCUCGCCUUUAGUAGCGUACUAUCAUAUAGUUUUGCUAGAUAUAAUCAAACUAUCCAAACUAGCUGGGAUUUAUUUCCUGUUUAUAAACAUGAGUAACGUUUGGUUAAAUUUGUGAAGACAUCAUGGAAGGAAAGGUCUCAAACUAUUGAGAUUCGUUCAACUCCUCCUUAAUACUAACAUUAAAAUCACAACUUUAAAACAUGUACUGUUCUUAAAACAUUAACAAAAAUAUAACAUGAAAAUUCUAAACUACGUGAUCAUAUUCUAGUAAUAAAAAAGCAAAUAAUCCCCCCCCCCCCAACUUCUACCUUUGACCCUUCAAUUUACAUCCUGAAAGGCAAAAUGGCAGCAUCCGUAAGAGGCAUUGGAAGGAUUUUGAGUCGUGUUUCUCCCUUGUUUAUACUGAAAAGUCAGCAUUCUAAGAAGUUUCCUGUCAGGAUAUGGUUUCAGGCAGUGUCUCCAUUUUUGCAGCCAGGCCAUUAUAUGUGCACUAAACCAUCUCUAGAAGGUGAUAACAAUGCUGUAAAUGUAUCUGAAACUCAAGUCCGCUUCAAGGACAGACCCUGGGAUUACCUCGAGAGUGAAGAGUACAUUGAACGCUAUGGAAGCAGUCCCGUAUGGGCAGACUACAGGAGAAACCACAAAGGAGGAAUUCCCCCCCAGAAAACACGAAAGACGUGCAUUAGAGGAAGCAAGAUAUGUGGCAACGCCUGCCCAAUCUGUCGAGAUCCCAACGUCAUCAUCCAUUACCAGAAUGUGAAGUUGUUGCAACAGUUUAUCAGUCCCUACACUGGUAUAGUGUAUGACCCGACACGAACAGGGGUGUGCAUGAAACAGCAGAAGCAGUUACAAAUAGCAAUCAACACAGCACAAGACCAUGGGUUGAUACCCUUCCAGGUUCCUUACGUUGACUUCACAGGAGAGGAUUACUCCAACUCCCAUGAUGCAGUGGGAUGCACCUCCACUUCUUCAGCCUUGGCCAAAGGUGAAGCUUGGUACAAGUGGUAUCACAGAAUGGAGCCAGAUGAAAAAGAACUGUCUAAAAUCAAGAGACUCUACAAGGCGUAUCUCAAAUAGAUGACAGGAUACCAUUUGUGGAUCAGUGAAACAACUUAUUCAGUUGUUCAUGUCUUUUGUCAUCAGUAAAUAAUUAUUGAUGAAAUGUAGAUAUUUGUCAACCCUGGUGUCUGAAGUAACAAAUACACCCUCUUCAAGUUCACAGUGACCCAAUGAGACAAUGCUUCUGUAUAUCUAAUUACACAAUAAAUUAUAACAUGUAA